AUGGAAGCGACUGUGCGAUCUGAGGAGAGUCGCGAGACCUUUUCUGAGCUUGGCCCUCUUAUCCAUCUUACUGGUGAAAGGGGUCCUUUUGUUUCGGGUCUGGCUAAGGAGGUGACUGUUGCUGAUGCCUUGAUUAAUGGAGAAUGGUGGCUUACUGCAUCAAGAAGUAGGAAUGCUAUAAUAUCUUUGCUGAAGCAGUGUCUCCCCUCGCCGGUGCCGAUAGCUCAGUCCCGUGACGAUGAUAAAUACCUCUGGAAGAUGGGUGAGGCUCCUCCUUCGUCUUCCUUUUCAAAAGCCAAAACUUGGCUUACAAUUCAUCAGCCAAACCCACCGGUCUUCUGGCACGAGCAGAUCUAG